AUGCCACCACCACCAAUGCCUCGUGUGCCUGAGGGCUGGCGCCCUCAGUUCGAUGACAGAUACCAGGAAUGGUACUAUGUCAACCUGCACACAGGACAGUCACAAUGGGAACGUCCCGACCGACCAGCCCAGCCAAACGGGCCAGCACCACCUCCCAACGGCCCACCCCCCAGCUACGAUGUCAGUACAGGUCGCAGGACCCCGAACAAUGACAGAGGCUCCCCGUGGCCACCGAACCGCGACAGCCGAAGCCCCUAUCCACCGCAGCCGGGCUACGGCUACAACAACAACAAUCCGUACCCGCCCCAAAACUACAACACCCCGCCUCCACAGCCCAACCCCUACAACCAGUAUCCCAACCAGUACCCCAACCAAUACAACAAUCCUUACCCAAACCAAUAUCAGAACUCCUAUCCGAACCAGUACCCCGCGCAAUACGCUCAGCCGCCCAUGCAGCAGCAACCGCAGCCUCAGCCGGAGCAGAAGAAGAAAAAGCGGGGGCUGGGGAUGGGCGGCGCCGCGGCCCUGGGAAUCGGGGGUGGCUUGCUGGGAGGAUUGCUUCUGGGCGAGGGGAUCGAGCAUCUGGAGCACGACUUUGAUGGCCCGCCGCCUGGGGAUUUUGGCCCGGGGCCGGACUUCGGUCCGGGGCCAGAUGAUGGGUUCUGGUGA